AUGGCAAUACUAGAAGUAGCACCAUCAAAUCUCAAUACUCAAUUAUCAAAUACUCUUUUUUUAACAGAAAAUAAAUCAGCUGGACAAUCGAUAAUGUUAUUUCAAAAUCAAAAGACAAUUAAUCCAGAAUGUUUUUACAAGGCUAUAAUGCCAAUCAUCAUGAUAAGUCAAUUAUUUGGAAUAUUUCCAAUAACACGCGGUUCCAUUUCAAUUGGCUUGGAGGAAUAUUUUUUAUUGAUUUCUGGUAUUUAUCCAGCCUAUAUUUGGAAUUUUACUGAUAUUUUUAUAAUACUGGUGUCCUUGGGUCUUGCUGAAAGAUACAAACAUCUAAAUAAAUUUGCAAUAGCUUCAAGUACAUUUAAUAAUCAUGAAAAUUAUUGGAAUCAAUUGAGAAUUAAUUACAGCAUUUUAAGUAAUUUAGUCAAAGAAACAGACAAUGUGUUAUCACCAUUAAUAUUUUUAUCAAUUGGACAUAAUUUUUUCUUCAUUUGUUUGCAAUUAUUUAUUGGAGUUUCUGAUUCUAAUGAGUCGGAUAUUGUAAAAAUUUAUCGUCCUUUUUCAUUUGUAUUUAUCGUGAUGAGAACAAUUGGUGUUUUAUUUUCAGCAGCUAAAAUUAAUGAUCACAGUAAAAAUAUUCUACCAAUUAUUUAUCAAUGUCCUCGCUCAAAAUAUAACAAUGAGACUUAUCGUCUACAGUGUCAAUUAACAAGUGAUGAAAUUGCACUUACUGGAAUGUCAUUUUUUUCAAUUACAAAAGGCUUUAUUCUUACUGUUGCUGGUGCUAUUUUUACUUAUGAAAUUAUUUUACUGCAAUUUUCAAAGGCUAAAAAAAUUUAA